AAAAAAAACAUCUAAAAGAUUAUACAAUCCUACCUUUCACUAAAAAAAACAAGUUCAUACAAUCAAAAAAUUUAAGAAACAAUCUAAAAAGAAUUAACACACACACAGCCCGCAUCCGAAAGAGCGCAAAACCAAAAAAGGGUUUCCCGCCACGAGAGAGUAACGGAAGGGGAAAUUACGCGGGGGAGACUUUAUCGUACCUCUGUUCGCAGCAGCAGAAAAGGAAUCCACCUCACGGCGACGUUACCAGAGAAGCACAUGGCCAUCAUCGCGUGCAGAACCGGCCGGCGGUGGGUGCCGCACAAUCUGCUGACGGCGAGAGUAACCAAUCACCGAUCGAAUUUGUUCGCAGAAAUCCGGUUCAGAGGAUCAAACCAACAUAUAUCCGGUUCACGGUUAAGCAACCGGUCCGUCCGGUCCGGUUCGGUUCACUAAUCACAACGCAAAAUCGAAAAUUUUCUUGUUUUGCACGAGUCUGCAUGUUCACUAUAAAUUCUACCUUACUUCAUUGUCGUUCCAUACACUUGUUUCCCACUCGUUUCUUCAUCUUCAUUACUCUUCUUCGUCUAACUGCAAUUUUCUUCAUCAUGGACCGGAAACUUCCCAACGAAGAACUCUUACAAAUGACUAUAUAUGAUUACUUCAAGAAGAGAAAUUUGCUAAACCUUGCUGAAGCUCUCCAAAGAGAAACUCGACUCAAUGAAGAAAUACCCAAUACAAUGGAACGACCACCACAUGGAUACUUGUACAACCUCUGGAGUUCAUUGUUGUCAGUAUUUGAUAAACCCCCAUAUAAGCAAUGGGUGGACCGGGCUCUAGCACAAGAGAAGGCCAUGGAUGAUGCUGCAGCAAUCAACACUAUCCCUCGGAUACUUCGGGAAAAAUAUUGUAUUAGACACCUUGAAGGCAAAUUUUUAUGAAUUGCAUAUUGCUAGUGGUGAAUUUGUUUAUGAAAUUGAGAUCACAAUUUUUGUUCUUUAGUUGAUUCGGUGUUUUCUUUAAUUUGUAACUCAAGGUUUUGAAAGCGGUCAGACACUUUUGUCCUGCGAUAUUUCAUCGGAUGGAAAUAUCGUAGCAAGUGGUGGGAAUGGGAUGAAGCCUUUCAUUUGCUUCGUGGGAACUCGUCAUUCUGUUGCUUCAGUCGAGUCACAUUCAUCUACCAUCUUAGAUGUUAGAUUUCAACCAGGAACUAAUAUAUUUGCAACAGCUUCAGCUGAUACGACAGUAAAGCUAUGGGAUGCAAACAAACCUAAGACAGCGUUGUCCGAUUUUGUUGGUCAUAAUUGGAGGGUAAGAUCACUGGACUUCCACCCAUCAGGCAGAUUUCUUUGCUCAUCCGAUGCCGAGGAUGUAAUUAAAGUAUGGGAUGUCAAUCAGCAAGUCCUUUUUGGCACCCAUGAGGUAGGUGGAAGCAAAGUGAGAUUUCAGCCUGGAUCUGGGAGUCUUUUGGCUGUUGCCAAUCGAAAUGUUAUUGCCAUACUUGAUUCUAGUAGUUAUAAGUUUCUUUACCAUCUUAUGGGACAUGACAACGACGUUUAUUCCAUAUGUUGGGAUGUCACUGGAAGCAUGAUUGCUUCUGUCAGCGACGAUGGUGUACGUGUCUGGUCGGUGCUUAAGAAUGGACAAUGCCUUUAUAACUAUCGUUUAAGCCACGGGAGGUUUCAAUCUGUCAUAUUCCAUCCUCGAUACAAUGACGUCUUAGUUGUUGGUGGCUUUAUGAGCUUGGAAGUUUUGAUUCUUGAAAAAGCGAAAAUAUGUAUUGCACGUGGCCCUUCUCUAUCAAUUAAUGGACUAGCAGCUACUACGGCGCAAAGUGAAUGCAUUGCAUCAGUUAGCAAUCAAUCUAAUUCUAUGGUGAAUAUAUGGAAAUGAUGUUUUAGUUCUAGUUAUUGUCUCUGUUCUUUGGUGUAAAUUCCUCCUCUGCUUCAGUUUUUAGGAAUUGUUGGAUAAUCUGUGUAUAUGGACAAAUUGUAGCUAGUCGCAAAGUGAAUUUUUUUUUGGUAAUUUUGGUUUACACUUUUAUGUAUAAAGAUAAACCACUUUUGUUGUUAUUAUUAGAUUGAAAGAGCAACAUAAUGGUCCAUAUUUGAUGGUUAGUAAUAAAUCCAUUU